UUCUGAUAUACCCAAAUCGCAACUCAUCCCCAGAAGCCAAGCUAGUAGUAUAAGAAGUGUUACAGGAACUAAACAACGACGGCCAUAACAAAAAGAGGGAGAUAUGCCGAACGCUCAUCCCACUCUCCCCGUGUCUGCCGUCCCAAUGGAGCCGUCGUCGCCGCUCUCCAACCCCAACCCCUUCGCAGCCGCCGCCUCUUUUCUUCGUCACCACCUCUCCCGCCUUGGCUCCGACCUCUCCGCCGGCGUCGACCACGGUCGCCGCCUUGUCCGCGCGGUGGCCUCCCCGCCUCCCUUCGCGGCCACCUCGGUUGGGGCGUUGGCGCCCGAGCCCGCGCGCGCUGAGGGGAAGCGCGCCUUCGACCUCGCCCUCAGCCCGGAGUAUGUGGCGAAAACGCUCGCCGGCACUGCGGUGUACACCGUCAGCAAUUCCAACAACGAGUUCGUCCUCAUUUCCGAUCCUAACAACAGCCUCCGGUCGCUCGGGAUCCUUUGCUUCCGGCAAGAAGACGCUCAAACCCUCCUCGCCCAGGUUCGGCUGCGACAGCCCAUCUUGGGCAAGGGAGCAAGAGUCGUACCCAUCACUCUUGAUCAGGUUUAUAUGCUAAAGGUCGAAGGAAUUGCAUUUCGUUUUUUACCUGAUCCUCUUCAGAUAAAGAAUGCUCUAGCGUUAAAAUCUUCGGAUGUCUCAAGAGGCUUUGAUGGAGUUCCUGUUUUUCAGUCAGACCUUUUGGUUGUUAAGAAAAAGAACAAGCGUUAUUGCCCCAUAUACUUUCAGAAGGAAGAUAUAGAAAGGGAGCUUCUCAAGGUUUCCAAGGCAUCACGAGGAUCGGGAUUUUCUCAGAACAUCAUGGUAGGAAGUUUGGAAGAUGUUUUGAAAAAGAUGGAGAUGAAUGAUAAAAAUUCUGGAUGGGAUGAUUUGAUCUUCAUUCCACCUGGGAAAAGUUACACUGAACACAUCAACAAGGUGUCAGCUUGAUGUGCAUGGCAUGGGCAUGUCAUGCAUGAAACAUGUUACUCUCAGGUGAGUAAGCUGUACUUAACUCCGAAUGUUUUCCGCCAUCAGCUCUCCUUUAUGGUCAGACUGAUUUUGACUCUUGUUGUAAGAUUUUGAUUCAGAAUUCAAAUGAUCUGAGUUUAGUCUGGAGGUACAGAACAUGGUUUGACAGCAAAUAUUCAAGGAUGUUAAGAGGAUACUUUAAAUAUGCCUUUAAAGUAUUAAUUGAAAAAGUAAAAGAGGGGGGACAAAUAUUUUUGGUGAGAGGGUAUGCAAUUCUGCAUCUCCUGUAUAGGAAUAAAUAAAUCAGUCUUGUGUUUCUUUGGUACAUUAAUUUGUGGAAUGAUGGUCAUUUUCUUC